UCGCUGGCACCAGCGGGCGGCGGCGGUGGCCACGUUGCCCGGGCCGGAGCGAGCGGGGCUUGCCUGGGUCGGCUGGCCGGGCGAACAGGCGGGCGGCGGGGCGACGAGGAGAAGGAAGGGCAGCAGCCCCGCCGCGCGCCCUGAGGCGGCGCCCCUCCCCCGCCAGGUGAGGAGGCUUCCCUUCAGGAACUUGCUCUUCAUCAUCGCCAGUCGGCUGACGUAAGCUCAUUAGAGGUUUGAAGUCAUGGCCAAUCCUGCAGGAGAAGAACCUGUCUCCAAAUCUGGAGAACUUUGCCACGAAUGUGGACAGAUUCACUUGUUGCCCGACAACCAUCUUUAUAACUUCCAGGAUGAAGUAGAUGAUGACUUGACUUGUCACAUUUGCCUCCAGCCUUUGCUCCAGCCUAUGGACACGCCUUGUGGACACACGUAUUGUUUCAGAUGUCUUGAAAACUUCAUGCAGGAGUACAGCUUCUGUCCCAUGGAUCGGAAGAAACUGUCCUUUCAGAACUGCCGGAAGUCUAGCUUGUUGGUGCGGAAUCUGCUGGAUAAGCUCCUUGUCCUUUGUCCCUUUCAAGAAGACUGUGCACAGACGAUGCAGCGAUGUGAACUCGAAGCUCACUUGCAGAACAGGUGUCCUGGCUUCAAGAAAUACAUGGAGCGCCUGGAAAGGAAGAGGCAUCCUCGGUCCAGGAUGAAGGGAGAUUCUCUUUCUAGGCUGGAAACAAAGGCUGUCAAAGAUCCCGAAGUAUCAAAUGGAGUGUCCUCUUCAGCCACUGGAGGCUCGGUAGCUGCCGUUGUGUCACCAGAGACCCCAGAUCCUGGGCUGGUUAACCCAGCCUUUGAUGGGAGUGAAGAAGAUUUACCUCAGAGAGCGAGUCUUGUGGCGGAGACAAACACCAUCGAAAUCCACCGAGAGGCCCCCGAGGAAGAGCUUGGCAUGCGUAUAGUUGGUGGGAAAGACACUCCUCUCGGGAACAUCGUUGUGCAAGAGAUAUUUCAGGAUUCCGUGGUGGCUGCCGAUGGGAAACUCGCACCUGGAGACCACAUCCUAGAGGUGAAUGGUGUGAACAUCAGCAGUGUGACCCACUGCCAAGCCAUCUCGCUCUUGCGCCAACCCUGUGAUGAGCUCCAUUUCCUCGUGCUCCAAGAAAAGGGCUUUACCAACCGGACGGCUCCCCCGGUCGUGAACCAGGAAGUGGUCCAUGUUAUCCUCGUCAAAAGAGACCGAUCCGAACCCCUCGGCAUUAAACUGAUCAGAAAAGCAGACGGGCCUGGGAUCUUUAUUCUGGACCUGUUAGACGGAGGGUUGGCAGCCAAGAAUGGGAAGCUGCGUCAGAACGAUAAAGUCCUGUCUAUAAAUGGUCAGGAUCUACGCCAAGGAACGCCUGAAGCAGCUGCCCAGAUAAUCCAGAACAGUGAAGCCCGGGUCAGCUUUGUGGUCCUCCGUCAGUCUGGGGUGCAGCAUCCGGAAGCUGCUGAGGACAGCAGCAGCACCUCCAACGCCAGCAGCAGCAGCAGCAACGGGGGAAGCCCUGUGCAGCACAGUCGCCGGAAGCCGGAGCAAAAUCACUUCCGGCGAAGAUCCAACUAUCAGAAGAUACUCCCCCAAGGAUACUUCAGCCAGGAAAAGGUGGUUACCAUAAAAAAGGACCCCAAAGAGUCUUUUGGGAUAACGAUAGGAGGAGGACGAGACGGCAAAGCAAAACUCCCUAUUUAUGUAACCAGCGUCCAACCAGUUGGAUGUCUCUUGAGGGAUGGGAGGAUUAAGAAAGGAGAUAUUCUUUUGAGCAUCAACAAUAUCGAUUUGACUCAUCUCAAUUAUAACGAAGCUGUCUCUGCACUGAAGUCAAACGCAGCGUUGCAGACAGUGGUGCUGAAAGCGCUGGAGGUUGUAAUCCCAGAGAAGGCGUUGGAAGGGGCUGAGGGCCUGGACAGCAGGGAAAACGGGCACAGCUGGGCAAGCUGGUCUCCUCUCUGGAUCACCUGGCUCGGAUUGCCAAGCCAGCUCCACUGCUGUCAAGAUAUCGUCUUGCGCAAAAGCAACUCGGAGAGCUGGGGAUUCAGCAUAGUGGGUGGAUUUGAAGAAAGCAAAGGAAACCAGCCGUUCUUCAUUAAAACCAUCGUGCCUGAGACUCCUGCCUUCUGGGACCGGCGGCUGAAGUGCGGAGAUGAAAUUGUGGCUGUCAACGGAGUGUCUGCUGUUGGGAUGAGCAACAGCCAGCUCAUUCCCAUGCUGAAAGAACAGCGGAAUAAAGUGACUCUAACGGUGGUCUCGUGGCCUGGGAGCCACGUCUAAGGUGCCAACUGCAAUAGGAUGCCUUUGGGGGAGCCUUUCCUUGGAGUGAACCAACCAACCAACCGAUGGCUGAGCAGGUCUCAGACAGGCUUCCUCCAAGGUGUAGAUUCUUCUACAGAAAAGGCAAAUGUAGCUUGUUGUUGAGUUUGAUUUUAGAUCCAUCCACUCGGUAAGCUAAAAACUGUACUCUGAUAAGCAGCAGGAGGUAUCUUGUGCUAUGGUUACUUUUUUGUUGAACAGGGAAACUCUGAGCCACAGCCUCCUUCUCCUGAAUCCUUCCCUUAAACCUGCCGAACUAAAGGACAGCAGGCUGAAACUCAACUGAUUGAUGGCCUUUAAUACAAUAAUCUCUGCUCUUAAUGAACUGAAGUAGCAACCUUCAAGAUACUAAUCGUUGCAAUGGGUGAAUCAUUUAGCUCAAUCUCACUGUAGUUACUGGUGCCUUGCAAAGUAGGAGGCCUGGGAAGACUCAGCCAUUGUUGAGGUGUAUUUAUGCCUCUUGCUCAAUCUGAUUGUUCAGCCUUGAGCCAGUCUCAAGAGUUAUGUAUGGCCUCACAGCCUUGUUUGACUUCAGGAGUUGCUUUCAAGGAGGUUUGGAAGCCCCAAUGGAAGGAUGUUCCUACUCAACUGAGCCCCCUUUCUGGGUUUCUCUCCUGUCACUUAUUUCCCUUGUAAGAGGGGAUAUAAAUGAGCUCCGGAAGAGCGUUCCACUACUGAAAGGCAGACUUUGGCCAUUUGAUAUACACUUAAAUAGAGGCUUACUGUGUCUCUGCAGACAAUGGGGUUUUUUCAAACAGGACCAGCUGCCCUAUCCCUCCCACAGGGAUUCCCAUCCCGACAAUCUCAUUAGGACCACAAUCCUGGUUGAGUUAGCUUCUUAUCACAGCAGCUCAUUAAGACGGCCAAAGAAAAUACUUAGGAGGAAAUAAAGCCAUCUACCCCUGCUGUCCUUUCAGGGGCAUUCUCCCUCUGCACACAUAAAUUUGCAGACCUUCAGCUGUCUUUUUUAUCCACGGUUUACUGGGGAAAAAAGGAGAAUAACAGGUGUUCAGCGUACCAUCCUUACCCGCUUGGAAAAGCCACCUCCCUGAGUUGUUUUCCUUUGAUCCCCUGCACUGUUUGUUUGUUUUUAGAUUGGUCAUAUCCCUUAACUAAUUGAGCAUCUUUGUGAUUGCUUAACAAGUAUGCUUAACAAUCCUAACAAGAUUGCUUAACAAGAACGUCCUUUUGUCCGUGGCAGAGACUUUGUCCUGUGAACAGAUGCGCAGCAAAUUAAAAAAAGGAAUAAGCAGCCCACCCUAUGGAAAGAUAGCAAAACCUGUGCCUAAGGAAGUCUUUUGCUAUGUUUUCUUGCAUAUGUGUGCAUGCAUGCAUAUGCUGACACUUGAAGAUAGACAUUUUCUUUUUAUAAAAGUAAUCUUUUUUUCCUUAAAUAGCCUUAAUAAUUAUUUUCUAAGCAUAGGAUACACUACAUUUAUUUCACUGGGUUGAAAACCUACUUUCUGUUGUCCGUGCUCUACAAAGUUUCAUGAUUUACAAAGGGAUUCCACUAGCCCAUUUGCAAAUAUUGUGUGGUUGUGGAAUAAGUUAGAGAAUUUAUUAGUUUGUCGUAAUUAGGAAAUUAAUAGGGCCUGCUACCUCCAAUUAUAAAAGGGAUUUCUCAGACCUUGAUUUGCACAGAAACUUUAGGUUGCUGAAACAUGGCAACCUUCUACUAUGGGGCUCUCCAACCUUGGCCUCUUUAAGGCUUGUGGACUUCAUCUUCCAGAAUUCCCCAGCCAGCAUGGAUAGCUGAGGAAUUCUGGAGGUUGAACUCCACAAGUCUAAAAGCUGCCAAGCUUUUUGGAGGCCCUGCUGUACAAUGUGCUUCUCUCACUUACUCACAAGAUGGGUGGGUGAGUGGGAGGUACACACAUCUCAGGAAACAACUUACAAGGGGCUUCUGCUUCCCCCAGGACCUUCACUUCCUGGAGGUUCUGGUGUUCCUCUCAGUUGGAGCCUUCUUUCAACUGAACAGCAAGUCAGGCUGACAAAAACACAGGACUUGGCAUUCGCAGAGGCUGUGUGAAAUAGCAAAUAAACAAAAAAGGACUUAUGAUUUAUGUUUAAAUCUGAUUCAUGCUUGGACUCUGUUGCCUCAUUUGAAUCUGGCAAGUAGGUACUAGUGCUCCAUUUAAGGAUGUUGAUUCACUUAAAAAUGUAUUUGUCAAAGUAUAUUUCUGAAAGUCAGUGUCUGCCUUCAGAUGUGCUUUGAAAGGAUAUCGGUCUGCCUAAUUGACUGACUUCUGUCUUCGACUUUGAGUCCCGUAUGACCACUGUAAUGUGUGACUCUUGCAAUCGCUAUAAAAAGGAUGCCAAACCUUUUUUUUUUCUCAAAUGAAGGGGACGUGCGUUUUCAUUUCAUUGUAUUGUCUGAUUUCAAUGUGCCUUCAACAAUCAGCAGGAAAUCUAGUAGCUACUGUAUUAUUUUGCACCAAAGAAUUUGUUGAAACUUGUAGAGACGUUUGUCACUGCUCUGAUACAUUUAUAAAUUAUUAUUCUGAAGUUA